AUUCUCCCCCAACCCCCAGGCUGCCCCUCCCUCUGUCCCAUCCCCGGCUCCAGGAGGCGUGGUCACAUGCAAAAGCCGCCUAUAAAGGUGGCAGUGCCUUCUCCCCUACCCUGAAGGUGACAGUUCCUUGGAGCCUCCCCUGAUCUUCUUUGGGGUCCCUGGCUCCAGAGGCCAUUCUUCUCAGCUCAGCUCUGUACCUUCUCACAGCUGCAGCACCACUUUGGAAUCUCUACGCUGAUCAUGUUCUCUGUGUUUGGACUCUCCAUCCCCAUCUCGGCCACGGAGCUUCUCCUGGCCUCUGCCGUCUUCUGCCUUGUAUUCUGGGUGGUCAGGGCCUGGCAGUCUCGGGUCCCCAAAGGCCUGAAGAGUCCACCAGGGCCCUGGGGCUGGCCCCUGCUCGGGCACGUGCUGACCUUGGGGAAGAGCCCACAUGUGGCCCUGUCGCGGCUGAGCCAGCACUAUGGAGACGUGCUGCAGAUCCGCAUUGGCUGCACGCCUGUGCUGGUGCUCAGCGGCCUGGACACCAUCCGGCAGGCCCUGGUGCGGCAGGGCGACGAUUUCAAGGGCCGGCCCGACUUCUACAGCUUCACUCUGGUGUCUGAUGGGCAGAGCAUGACUUUCAACCCAGACUCUGGACCAGUGUGGGCUGCCCGACGGCGCCUGGCCCAGAAUGCUCUGAAGAGUUUCUCCAUUGCUUCUGACCCGACUUCUUCGUCCUCCUGCUACCUGGAGGAGCACGUGACCAAGGAGGCUGAGUACCUCCUCGGCAAGUUUCAGGAGCUGAUGGCAGGCCCUGGGCACUUUGACCCCUACAAGUAUGUAGUGGUGUCAGUGGCCAACGUCAUCAGUGCUAUAUGCUUUGGCCAGCGCUAUGACCAUGACAACCAAGAGCUGCUUAGCCUAGUCAACCUUGGUAAUGAGUUUGGGGAGGUGGCUGCCUCUGGGAACCCAGCCGACUUUAUCCCUAUCCUCCGUUACCUGCCCAACACUGCCCUGGAUCUCUACAAGGACCUGAAUCAGAGGAUUUACAUCUUCAUGCAGAAGCUGGUCAAGGAACACUAUAAAACGUUUGAGGAGGGCCACAUCCGAGACAUCACAGACAGCCUGAUCAAACACUGUCAGGACAAGAGGCUGGAUGAGAAUGCCAAUAUCAAGCUGUUGGAUAAGCAGAUAGUUAAUGUCGUCCUCGACCUCUUUGGAGCUGGGUUUGACACAGUCACAACUGCCAUCUCCUGGAGUCUCAUGUACCUGGUGACAAGCCCCAGUGUGCAGAAAAAAGUCCAGGAGGAGCUGGACACGGUGAUUGGCAGGGUGCGGUGGCCUCGGCUCUCCGACAGACUUCAGCUGCCCUACUUGGAGGCCUUCAUCCUGGAGACCUUCCGACACUCGUCCUUCAUCCCCUUCACCAUCCCCCACAGCACCACAAGAGAUACAAGCCUGAAUGGCUUUUACAUCCCCAAGGGGCGUUGUGUCUUUGUGAACCAGUGGCAGAUCAACCAUGACCAGAAGCUGUGGGAUGACCCAUCUGAGUUCCGGCCUGAACGGUUUCUUACCCCUGAUGGCACCAUCAACAAGACACUGAGUGAGAAGGUGAUUCUCUUCGGCAUGGGCAAGCGGAAGUGCAUUGGUGAGACCAUUGCCCGCCUGGAGGUCUUUCUCUUCCUGGCCAUCCUGCUGCAGCAGGUGGAAUUCAGUGUGACCCCAGGUGUGAAGGUGGACAUGACCCCCAUCUAUGGGCUGACCAUGAAGCAUGCCCGCUGUGAGCACUUCCAGGUGCACAUGCGCUCUUAGGAGCAGAGACCCCUGCAGCCUAGCUGACCCUGAGGACCUAAGCUUUGGCUUGAAAUUCAUGGAUACUAUCUGGCUGAAUUUUUGCUGUGUGAGCUGUGUGCAAACCUGAGGAAUCAUACCUGCCCCCCACCCUGAACUUGUCCCUCUGCAUGCUGCCCAGAGGCAGUGGAUACAGCAUGGGCCACACAGGAGCUGAUGAACCCUUCUGAAGCUUUGCUUGAGCUAGGAGACCUGGUAGGGUUAGGGGGUCCUCAGUCCUCUGGAAUCCUCUGACAAGCUCUCUGGAAGCCCUGGGGCCCAGCAGCUAGCUAGCUUGAGAAACGGUUACAGCAGGUCAUACCAGGGCCUGUCCA